CUGAACAACUCACAUCUUAGCACACAUGUUUUUUAAAGGCAAACUUUGUUUAGGGAACCGUUUGAUUGUUUUAAUACAUAAACGUAUAGAAGCAUAUAAAGCUAGCAUCCUUUUCUAUCAAAAACUUAUGCAUAUAGGCUUCUAACCGCAGGUUUUUAUUGCCAUUAUUUUAGAGCGAUUACCAAUUAAUGUAUACCUUCCCUUUAAAAUGGUUUUUAAUGCUUUUCAUAGAUCACGUUUUUGGCCAUAACAUAAAUCCCUUUACUCACUAUGGAUGACGAUUAAUUUUAUGUAAUAUUAUAGAAGUUUCAGCUUCAUUUGUGAUUGUCAUUUUCUUUUUUUAAAUCAAAGAGCAAUGUUUUCAGGAGAGUCACGUCAAUACGUUGAGUACAUGCUAAAGUGGUGUCAUCUCCUGAGGAGAAAAUUAUUUGUGUGACAUUGUUUUACUAAUUUCAAAAGAAAAAGAAAAAAGUACAGCACCUCAGCUAUAGUAAUACUUUAAGGGAAGCUUUAUCUUAUCAUUAUCUUUAAACCGUGUUUAUCUUUGUGGAGAGAUCAUUUCGUAAACCAUAACAGUGAAUGAAUGACACUAAACAAAGGGUAACCACAAUUAAUCUCCGUAAAAUCUUAAGAACCUCAUAAUCUUUCUUUGUCACCGUCUUUAAUAAACUUGGUAGUUAUCAAGCUAUAAUAUUUAUAGCAAUGUCUGUCAAUUCACAAUGCUCAGCCAACAUGCAGCUUUAGCCGAACAUCAUUAGUAUAUACGUCAGUUUCCUGAACACACCAAGAAAAUAUAUAAAAAAAGAAAAGAAAAAAGAACAGACAGACAGACAGACAGACAGACAGACAGACAGACAGACAGACAGACAGACAGACAGACAAACAUUGCUCCUUGGAUCCCCAAUCAAAAUCGUUCUAAUCGUUUAUAACAACACACCUUGCAAAUAGCUGUUUGACCAAACAUGUACAAACAAAUGUAGGCCUACACAAUGAAGACGAGUAGAGUAUACAGUUCGAAACGUCGAGACCAAAACCGGCUCUUUUCGGAGCCAACAUUCCUCCCUUAUAUUUUAUACACGGUUGUACCCGCAAGUUUACUAUUUAUAACUACUGCUUAAUAUAAGUGUACAAACUGAUUUAUCAAUAUUACAUUUUUGUGAGUUUCUGUCUAAACCAUCAUAAAACAAUUUUUGUAGAGAAGCGUGGGUUUAAUAUACAAUGCAUGCCUCGGUUAAUGUGACUGGUACAUUUCUAAGCGUUAGGGCCCUAUAAUGUGUUUCCUUUCAAAAUAUUUUUUUUUCCUUUCAAAAUCAUUUUUUUUUCUGCAGGCGGGACCAGUAUUGCCCUAUGACUUUUUGAUUAUGAUGCAUAGAUGCAUGAGUGAACCCAACAUAAUAUGCGGGCUGUACUCAUUAUUCACACUGUCCAAGAUAGAUUUAGCUCACAACAUUUUUAUUGAAACAGCCUCGCAGAUUUUUACAAGAUCGAGUCUUUCCAUGAUUCAUCUAGAAAAGAAGAUGGCAGACUUCAAUGGCAAUUCGUCGGAACAGGUUCGGCUCCUGAUGUGGGCGGUGCCUCGUUCCGUCUCCACUGCCUUCACAAAGCUCAUGAGUUUUGUCAGUGGGGAUUCCAUAGUACUCUUCGAGCCUUAUAUCAACGCUCACUGGUUCGGGCCCGAGGGUGUACAGGAUGCUACUCAUCAAGCCAUAGUAACAGCUCUAACCGAAGAAACUGCAAACAGAACAACAAUCACUGGUGGGCGCGACCCAUCCGAAUAUACAUUUGGUUUUGUCAAGGAGCAACUUGACGAUCCUUACACUGGCAAAAAGUUGGUCUUCUGCAAAGACAUGGCAUUUACUGUCGUAGACAAACUGGAGUUUCUCCCGAAAAAUUACCGGCAUGUGUUUCUAAUUCGUCAUCCUCUGAAGGUCUUCGCAUCUUGGAAGAAAUUGUACCAAAGUUUGACUCCGCAAGAGUUUGAACUUGACGAGGUUGCCCCUGUAAUGUUUCCUCCAGGUUUCUUCUUCCGUGAAAUGGUCGAAUUGCUGGAGCAUGUGAGAGAGGUACACGAUCCUAAGGCAAUCAUCAUAGAUGCAGAUGACCUCCUCUCUGACCCCAAAGGCAUCCUAUCAGCCCUCUUUAAGGAGGUUGGUCUUCCCUUUGAUGAGAAGUGUCUUCAGUGGGAGGCCGGGGAAAGUGCUGCCGGGCAGUGGUUAGCUUCUAAUUUAUUACCUAAAGGAAACGAAGUGUGGGGCUUUUAUCGCAGGGCAAUGGGUAGUUCCUCCUUUGGAAAGCCUAGAGCUUUGCCCGACCGAUCUUCGUUGCCUGGCGAUGUCCUACGUUGCACUGAUGCCUCGAUGUCUUAUUAUAACAAAAUGUACGCUCAGCGCUUAACUGGCAAACUGUACGCGCAUCUCUAAAUAAAAGAUAUUGUGCAUUUCUGUGUAAAAUGGGAAUUUGGUUUGUGUACAAAAGCAUUUUACUUGGAUGUGCAUGUACCAAUCAAUGUAAUUAAAAGGAAAAAGCAAGAAGAAAAAAAAUAGGAUUCGAAGAUAAGCUGUUACAAAGCUGUUUAAAUAGGUUUAGUUUAAAAUGAAACAGAAUUGGAUCAAAUAGCUUCUUCAAACUUUAUAAGAAGGCCGAUUCACACUGCAGCGAUAACGAUCACGGCGCAAAGAGAACGCAUUCUAUUGGUUGAAUUGCUCCACGCAGAAUACGCAC